AAUAAUUAAAUUAAAGGGUAAACCAAAGGAUGAAUUGAAAGUACAGCAAUUGCAGAAAGAGAGAUUAAGAAGCUCCAAUGGAGUUUUUCCAAGAUUGAGUAGAAAUGAGAUAUGGAGCUCAAGAGAAAGAGAAAGAGAAGGAAUUAGGUCAAGAACAACAAAAGGAGUAAUUUUGCUGAAAUGGGUCUUCAUGCAGAGAGCUAUGGUGGGUAGCAAUAUUGAUUAUUAUUGAGCAAAGAAAUUCUUCCCAUCUUCCUUUCUUCCUUCAAAUCUUUGCUCUGUUUCUGAUCUUCCAAAAAAGCUUUUAUCUUUUCUUCUUUGGGGAUAUAUACACAAAUGCUAUUUCAGUUGCAGGUUGAGGGGGCGCUUGAAAUUGCAGGGUUCUCUUCGAUUUGUCAAAAAGAGAAGGGGAUAUAUCAACUAGAAGCUAAUAGCUUUGCUAUCCAAGAGCCAACAUCUGUUCUUCAUAUGAGAAGAAGUCCGAGCCCACCCACAUCGGCGUCCACUCUUUCUUCCUCUUUCAACGGCGGAGCCCUCACUGACAACACCACCACCACAGCGGCCACAAUAGCACCCGACAACAACAACAACAACAACAACAACAACAACGCCAUCGAAAGGAAAGAAGAAUGGGCAUCGGAGCUGCAGCCGAUCUCGAGUGGGCUAGAGCUUGUUGCUGGGGUUAGUAGUGGUCAGAGAUGCAAUAUUGGGUUAGAAGAUUGGGAGAGCAUGUUGUCUGAGUCAGCUGUGCUGCCGACCCAAGACCAUUCGCUGCUCCGGUGGAUUUCCGGCGACGUUGACGACUCAUCCUUUGGUCUGAAACAGCUGCUGCAGAGUGGGAAUGGAGGGUUUAAUCACGGCCUUGAUUUGGAGGGAAAUGCUGGAUUGGGGAUUGUGGACCAGCCUCUGGCAUUUGACCCUGUUGGUGGUAACUCUGUUAUGGGUCCUGCCGGAAACGUGAUUUCCGGCAUUGGUGCUAAUUUCGGUGGUUUUAAUAGUUCAGGGGUUGUGCCCAACAGCAUCAAUAAUGACAGCGGAAAAUUGGGCUCGGUUAUGCUCAGUUGUUCUUCCACCAUGGGUGAUAAUCAUAAGAUUCAAAAUCCAAUCUUUACUUCUCCGGCUAACAAUCUUGCCCUUCCUGUUUCUUUGCCUAUGCUUUAUAAUCAGCAUCAAGCUCAAUUAGUUGAAACCCAAGAGGAGAAACCGCAAAUUUUGAAUCCCCAGGUCCUCAUGGGCCAACAACAGCAUCUUCAGAAUCCUAAUUUGUUCAUGCCACUGCCUCAAGAACAGCAUCUUCUUCAGCCUCUGUUGAAGCGCCACAAUUCUGGAAGCCUAGACAUUUCUCCGCAGACCCCAAAACUCCCAUUCUCCGAUCCUGGGCAUGAGUUCUUGCUGCGGAAACAGCAGCAACAGCAUAUGGGUUUUCCUCAAGGAUUCCAGUUUCUUCCUCAACAAAAGCCGAUGAUGGUAUCCAAGCAAAAACUGUUGAGUCCUGGGGAGGAAUUGGCUCAACAACAGCAACACCAUUUCCAGUUACACCAGCAAGAACAGCAGCACGUGUUGAUGGACCAGCUCUAUAAGGCAGCAGAACUGGUAGGAACUGGAAAUUUCUCACACGCGCAAGGGAUAUUGGCGCGGCUCAAUCAGCAAGUGUCUUCUGUAGGUAAGCCCCUUCACAGGGCUGCUUUCUACUUCAAGGAGGCUUUGCAUUUACUUCUUAUGAAUAACCCAGUUUCCUCCCCGCCUCCAAGGAACCCCUCCCCUUUUGAUAUCAUCUUCAAAAUGGGCGCUUACAAAGUUUUCUCUGAGGUCUCUCCUCUUAUCCAAUUUGUGAAUUUUAGCUGCAACCAGGCCAUUCUUGAAGCUCUUGAUGAUGCUAAUUUUAUUCACAUUGUCGACUUUGACAUUGGGUUUGGCGCUCAAUGGGCUUCCUUUAUGCAAGAGCUUCCUAUGAGGAGACGAGGUGCUCCUUCAUUGAGAAUCACUGCCUUUGCUUCUCCUUCGACACAUCAUCCUGUUGAGCUCGCGCUUAUGCGCGAAAAUCUUACUCAAUUUGCUAAUGAAAUUGGUCUAAGUUUUGAGCUUGGGGUUAUUAACUUGGAUUCUUUCGAGCAAACCCCCUUCUCUUUGCCCAUUUUGCAGUCUAAUGAAAAUGAGGCAGUUGCAGUAAAUUUUCCAAUUUGGUCCUCUUCGAAUCAGCCUUCCGCUGCACCCUCUAUUCUUCGCAUUGUGAGGCAGCUUUCACCCAAAAUUGUUGUGUCUUUGGACACUGGGCUCGAUAGAAAUGAUCUCUCAUUCCCACAGCAUGUAGUUUAUGCCUUACAGUCAUAUACAUACUUACUGGAAUCGCUUGAUGCUGUUAAUGUGAAUUCUGAUGCUUUGAACAAGAUUGAGAGGUUUCUUCUUCAGCCUAGGAUUGAAAACAUCAUUUUUGGCCGUGUACGUGCCCCAGAGAAAAUGCCACUUUGGAAGACACUAUUUACCUCAGCUGGGUUUUCUCCGGUUCCAUUUAGUAAUUAUACUGAAACUCAGGCAGAUUGUUUGGUAAAGAGGACUCAAGCUAGAGGAUUCCAUGUUGAGAAGCGCCAGGCUUCGCUUGUGCUUUGCUGGCAGCAUCGGGAGCUUGUCUCAGCUUCAGCCUGGAGGUGCUGAGGGAUGGCAAUUGACCAAGCAGAGGAGGUUCGUUUUUAAGAACUCACUAAGUAUCAAAGUUUACUUGAUAUUAAGUGAAUAAGUAUUGAAUGAUGUUGCUAUGACUAGUGAAUUCUUAUUGUCCUGCUUGCGAGUCUCCUCUGCUUGAUGUUUUAUGUAGUCUAGGAUGGCCAGUAUUUCCAGUAAGAAAACAUCUUAAGUUCUUACUGGAGUGUCUAGUAGAUGCUGAAUUGUUUCAGACAUGGAUAUUGCUUUAAUCAUAUUCUGGUCUUUUUCUAUGUGAAGAGCUUCAUUUUCUUCUGUUAAGGUGAUGAUGUGUGUUUUAUUCUGACAACAAAUGAAAACUAGAAACAGAAGCAUAUCUUAGCUGACUUAUUUCCUGUACGAACGCGAAAUUGUCUGGCUGUAUCUGCCUUUGUUUUUUUAAUCCUAAUUCCUAGUUUCCUGCUUAUUUUGCAAUUGC